AUGAAUGAGCUUAUAAAGAUUGCAUGGAAGAGAAAGGCAGGUGAGACGCAUAGGGAUAUGCUUCAUAAGCUUAAACUCAUGGAAAAAGCCCUUAUGUCCAAGAUGAUGUUUGGAAGAAGUGGAAUGAGGAUUGGAAAGCACCAGAUUAUGUUGCAAUGUCAAGACAAUUCUCAAAGAAUCGGUGUACUGAGAAGGGUGGUAAGGGAUCUGGUCUAUCUCGUCAUACCGGAGGCUUUAUCUCCCACGCCAAAUAUGCGAGACGCUGUAAAGACUGGAUCAAUUCCUCUGCCAUGUGAUGUGUUUCCUCAUACCAUUACAAAAAAAGAUGAUAGGAAGACCUUUAUUGACAAGCGCGCUGAGAAUGUUUUUGAGACAAUGCAACACCUCAAAGAACCACGAUCCACACAGCAACUUGAAGGUGGAGAAACUCCUAUUGAUGAGUACCAGUUCUAUUUGAAGGCUUCAGGAGGAAAACAUAAACGUAGAGUCUACGACAUUGGCUCCCAGGCUUCCCUCUUUUGCCUGCAUUAUGGUAUAAGUGGCAGCUUAUUUAGUGCCUCAUCGACUUCGUCGGAUGCCAUGGAGCAUUUGGAAAUCAGAGUGAGCCAGCCACCAACAUCCUCAGAUUCUCCUACUUCUAGCUCCAAUGUUGAUCCUACGACAAAUGAAGACAGAAAUGAUGUUCAAGGCUUGGAUGGUUAG